UGAAGCCAGUUCAGAGAAACGACGCAGACAUGAUGCGUGAUGCUAGGCACUGAGUCUCGCCAUGUUAAUACUGUGCACUUGAGACCGGGUGCAUGUGUGCGCGCUUGAGUGCGCGCGCGGCCGCCGCUGUCCCUCCUGUCCCGGCUCGCGCAGGGGUUUAAAGCCCGAGCGGCGUGGGUUCCCAGACUGCACACCUGGAUGCUGCGGGGCGGGGGAGACAGGUGUGCGAGCCUGCGAGCGCUGAUUGGCCGUCCGUGCCGCGCCUUCCUUGAAUUGCUACCUGCUAGGGCUGGCCCCGCACGGCUGGCCCUUCCUCACCUGCGGCUAGCUUUCCUUGUCCCUGCAGGAGGCGGUCCACGAGCUGCUGUUGCAGGCCGGUGGAGUGCUUGCGGGCCCGGCGUCCCGCGGAGAAGAUGAACGGUCCCAGCUCCAGGUCCAGCCACCUGUCGCAGCCGGUGGUGAAGAGUGUGCUGGUGUACCGCAAUGGGGACCCCUUCUUCGCCGGGCGCCGUGUCGUCAUUCACGAGAAGAAGGUGUCCAGCUUCGAUGUCUUCCUCAAAGAAGUGACUGGCGGUGUGCAGGCGCCUUUUGGGGCGGUUAGGAACAUCUACACCCCGAGGACGGGCCACCGCAUCCGGAAGCUGGACCAGAUAGAGAGCGGGGGCAACUAUGUGGCUGGGGGCCCGGAAGCUUUCAAGAAACUCAAUUACUUGGACAUAGGCGAAAUCAAGAAAAGACCAAUGGAAGCUGUUAAUACUGAGGUGAAACCUGUCAUUCACAGCAGGAUCAAUGUGUCCGCCCGCUUCAGGAAGUCACUGCAUGAGCCCUGCACCAUUUUCUUGAUUGCAAAUGGAGACCUCAUAAGCCCGGCUUCUCGCCUCCUCAUCCCUAAAAAAGCUUUAAAUCAGUGGGAUCAUGUACUACAAAUGGUCACAGAGAAAAUAACUCUCCGGAGUGGGGCUGUCCACAGGCUAUAUACGUUAGAAGGAAAACUGGUUGAGAGUGGAGCAGAACUGGAGAAUGGACAGUUCUAUGUGGCCGUCGGCAGAGAUAAGUUUAAGAGACUACCGUACAGUGAGUUACUUUUUGACAAGUCAGCAAUGAGAAGGCCUUACGGUCAGAAAGCGUCUUCACUCCCUCCCAUGGUUGGAUCCAGGAAGUCUAAAGGGAGCGGAAAUUAUCGGCAAUCUAAGUCAACCAUCGGCUCCAGUGAUAACUCAUCUCCUCAGCCUCUGAAAAGGAAAGGGAAGAAAGACUCAAACUCAGAAAAACCCACGAAAGUGAAACAGAGUGUGAAGUCAAAGACUUCCCACCAAGCAAUCCCAGACAAUGUGUGGAAGCCCAGCCUAUGGGAUGGUGCCACCCACAUUCAAGGUGAAGGCAUUUUCAAAGCUGGAGCAGAGAGAUCUGAAACAAGGGGGGCAGCAGAAGUUCAAGAAGAUGAAGACACCCAGGUUGAGGUUCCAGUGGACCAGAGGCCAGCAGAAAUAGUUGACGAGGAAGAAGAUGGAGAGAAAACAAGCAAAGAUGCCAACCAGAAGGAAGACUUUUCAGCCAUGAAUGGUGAGACUGAAGACAGAGGGGGGAGUAAAGCGGCUGGUGCCCCUGAGCAGGAGGAGGGAAUCCCAGACCACGGGGAGAAGAAGGCAAGCCCCUCCCGGGUAAAUGGUGGCACGGACGAAGAGAAUGGGGAGGAACUGGACCAGGUUGCCGAGGAGCUCCAACCAACAGUGGACGAGAAAGGAAAGGCUGAAGGAGACAACAGUGGGCAAGAUGAGGCUGGUUUGGAUGCUCAAAGACCACCAAGACCAGAAGUGACAGUCACCAGCCCUCAAGAGAAUGAAGCAAACAAGGCCUCUUCUGCUGUGGCAUAGAUGGUUUAAAGCAGAGAAUAUGAGCGAUGUGAGAGGAUGCAGAGCUAUAAUACUUGAAUAAUGAGCACAGCAUCUCUUCAUGUAGAAUGUGGCAAUGUGGUGGAGGCCCUACCUAUUGCAUUUAAAAAAUAGUAGCUACAUGAAAGGAAGGGUUAGGACAUUUGUAACUCAAUAACUUAAGCUUAUGACAGGUGUUUAAAAAAUUCCUUAAAAAAAAUUCCUUUUAGAAGAACAAAAGAGAGACAGAGGGGAUUUGCACCUUAAGACAGCAGCUGGCUACCUGUGUUUGUAAAGGGGAAAGACAUGGGCUAGCUCCCAUUAGAUACUUUAUCAUAGACUUGGAAGCAAGAAUACUGGCAGCUUGUUCUAAAGCAUUUAUCUAGGAAUGUAUAGAGUUUUUAAGAAUUGGUAAUAGGAGAAACGUGUAUUAUGUUCUUGAAGCAAUAAACUGUUGAUUGAACAAAUUGCAGUUUAGUUUCAGAGAUAAUUUGGAGAUGGCAAUAGAUCCGAACACUCUGAAGCUGGUGACAUUCCUUUCUUCCUCCAGCCAAGGUCCACCUUGGGCAAAGUCAAAACACAGCCCAAGGUGUCACCUGGUCAGAGGAAAAGCUUCCAGAGCGCCUGGUGAUUCAUGUCAGGUGUGUUGGAUGUGACUGGCACACUCUCAGGCAGGAACCAGAAAGUAUGACCUAGACAUCGUGUGGUUUUUUUCACUGCUAUGUUUUCACUGUGUCUGUACAAGGAACAAAGCCUUUCCUUCUCCUAUAUGCUGUUGGGAAACCCAAUAUUGGUUAAUAUUAAAUUCUUUUCAGGAUUUUAAAAAUGAACUUUUUAUUAAACACAAAGGAACAAAAAAGGAAGCAAAAGCAGAACAAUUUAUGGCGAUCCAAUUCCUUAGCUACUUGCCUUUUGCUGAAAUGACUGUCAUGGCUGCUUAGAUUAUGUCCAUCUGUCCAUGUACUCAUCCAUCUGUCUGUCUGUCCAUCCAUCUGCACAUGUAUCUCCUAAGCUUUUAGACUUUCAAGCAGACUUUUAGACUAUUUUAGCCUUUCAAGUAGAUUCUCUCUCUCUCUCUCUCUCUCUCUAUAUAUAUAUAUAUAUAUAUCCAUCUGAUGGAAAUUGUUGAAAAAAAUUGAAAUAUUUCCAUGGCUUCUGAUUUCAGUUUGUGGAUAGAUAAACUAAUAUGUAUUCACCUUGUGAGGUUCAGAUGAAGGAAAAGAUAAUUAUGUUAGUUUGAUGAUCAUAGUAGAGAUGAUGUCUCUCCCCCUAAAUACAGAAAUAAUAUGUUUUUCUCAUUUUAAGGAAUAUAUUUUUACUCAGAAAAUGCAAACUGGAAGAUUUUAGAUUGUAGUGCCGUUGUAAGAUUCAUUACUAUUGUAAGUCUAUUUCCCCCUCUAGAUUUCACAACCAACCAUCUGGGAACAAAAUAGUUGGGAGUUAUAUAUACUAAAGCAAUGUAGAAAAUAGAUGUAUUUUUCCCCAGAGCUAUUUUGAUUCUUCCAUAAAUAGAAAAUAUGAGCAGAGCUUAUGACAUCACAGUGUUUGAGGGAGAUCAUGACACAGGGCCUGGGAAUCCAGGAGGAUGGGCUUUAACUGGGGCACAGUCUGGGCAGUGCUUUUUGUGCAUACACUUACUUUUAACACGCAUGGACUGCCAGAAGCCAUCUUGCACUGUUAGGAAAACAGAGAUGCUCUCCUUCUGAUAUGACUUUCCAGCAUCUGGGGUUGAAGAUUCAAAUAUCUUACAAAAGUUGAAUAUAAGAAGUUUUAACAAAGCCUCAAACUGAUUCUCCUUCUCACCAUGAAGGGUGUGUCUUCUUAAGGAAGCAUCACUCUUUGCCCCCCACCCUUCACGUCACUGUGACACUUGGGUUUUGUGGGUUCUCUUGCCAGCUGUCUUAAUGAGGAACAACACUGAUACUUCACAUAAAAAAACAAACUCUGAGAUCUUAACAUUUCAAGAAGGUUAUAGGCAUAGUAACAACCAUAGAAUGUUGAAAUGCGUGGGGGUAUCAUCAUCAUCUGUGCUUGCAUGGGACCCAAACUUGUGACUCAAAUCAAAACCACCUCUAUAUGUUGUCUAGCCAAACAUGUAAUCCUUUACUGGGGACUAAAACUAUAGGCAUAACUGUGAAGGUGACCUUUAUAGAAGUUGAAGUUCAGUUCACCUCUCAAAAGUGUUGGUCUCCCCUGUGGAAAUUGGGUAGCAAUGACAAAUUAGGGCCACAUGUAAGUGAGACUUACUGACAAAUUUGGGAAUUACACAUAGAGCACAUGGAUGAGGGCUUGGUGAAGGGUUAUGUGUCAUUCAUAAUGAAGGCUCCUGGAUAUAUACCUGCAAUGCCUUGCUUUGAAGUGUCAGUUCUUUGCAAUUUCUUAGUUUUAAUUUUAUGUCAGUAAUGCCUUAGCCACAUUUCAAUUUUAAGGGCACUCAUGAUCAUCUGCUGAUGGAAUUGAAACAUGGGUAGUUUUGCACUUGACUAGAGUAACCUUGACUAAAGUCGUCUUCAGAUGAGAGGGAUGUGCUGCAUGUUUUGGCCUGUGUUGAAGCCACAGUUGCCUGCCCAUCAGCUUCCUGUUACUAUGACUACAGGGCAGCCCCCCCCCCUCUAGGUUUUCCUGGGGCCCUGGGGAGACUUGUUAUUUAAGACAUUUUUCUUGCAUUCUAUUUUUUAAUGUCAGAAUGCCAGACUCAUAGGAAGAGCAUGAUAAGGUCAUGUAUCCAGUUCAAGUCUAAAGGGUGCAUUCUUGUGUGGUGUCUAAUGACAUACCACAUCAGAAGUGAUGCUGGUAUCUUUCCUAGGGUAGUCCUAGGGUAGGGCUAAAACAGUACAAACCUCAGAGUUUUCUUUAGGGGGAUGGCAUGAUGGCUCAGCAGUUAAAAUGCCUGCUACCAAGCCUGAUGUCCUAUACUGUGACAUGUAUAUAUCAAAGUCAUCCCCAACACACACACACACACACACACACACACACACACACACACACACACACACACAGAGUUAAAUAAGUAAGUAUAAAUGCUUUGUUUUCUUUAGGCAACCUGCCCUAUGCACAGAGGAUGGAUUUCACUGGUUUAGAGAAGAUAAUGAAUGUGCUUAAAGCUGUGGCUGCUGUCGGGCACAGCAGCUCAUACCUGUAAUCCCACAACUUGGGAGCAGGAGGUGGAUCAAGAAUUAAAGGUUAAAGCACACUUGGCUACACAGUGUGCUUGAGGCUAACCUUGGCAACAUGAGAUCCCUGUUAAAAAACAAAACAAAACAAAACAAAACUGACCAACCUAGCAACCAACCUACCUACCUACCCACCCCAAGCUAAAGCUAAACUUGCUGCCACAGAAAAAUAGGAAGCUAUAUUCAUCAUAGGUAGCCAGAAGGCAUACUGUGAUUCUAACAUGUCGUGUAAAGAAUCAACUCUACACGUUUACUGUUGCUGUUAAAGUAGCAAAAGCGAAGCUAAAGGGUAAGUUAAUCUGAGAGGAGAAAACUCCCCAUCUGAACUGGUGCCAAUCAGAAGAAAACGUAACACCCAGUGCGCGCGUAUCUACCAGUCCUUCCAAGGGUGUGCUCAUAUACUCUCAGGCAUUAAGAAGGACCUCCUUAGUGCUCUGCACAGAGUAAGGCUCUCGCAUGGGGAGAAGCAGAGCUAACAGUGUGAGAGCAAACAGUAAGAGACUACUGUUAUAUCAGCCUUAAUAUUGCAUUACUGGGACCAAGAGAUACAAUAUAUUUCCCCAAUAAGACAGUUACCAGCAUCACUUAAAGUAAGCAUGGUGGCACAUGACUACUACCCCAGUGCUCUAGAGGUAGAGGCAGAGGGGUCCAAAGUUCAAGGUCAUUUCCAGCUGCCCAGUGAGGUCCAGACCAGUGUGAGCUAUAAGAGACCCAUUUAAAACAAAACAAAACAAACAAAACAAAACAUAACAAAACAAACAAAAAAGAGGAAGAGAUGCUAAAAUUAGGUUUAGUUACAUUUUUAAAAAUGAGAGAUGAGCACCUUGUUGCCUGAACUGAUGACAGGCAACAGUCUCUGCGGCAGCCUAAAGUAUCAUGUGGACUUUUGUGGGGCAGAGGGAGCAGGGAGAAAACCUGGAACGACUCCUUGUAUCCAGAAACCAGGUACAACACAGAGUGACUCUAAUACAUUGUCACCCUGGGCAGGAACCAGUUUCUGAAGGUUAGUCUGCUUUUCUAACCAGAGACACUUGGAGUUCUUUUUCACUGAUUGGCAUGUUCAUAAACAUAAGGCGUUUGCUUGACACAUACCCUGGUAUAUAGACAGGUCUAGCUUUUGCGUUGUAUAUUUUGUCCCAUGAAGUUUGGAAGUCAGGAGGGGAAUGAAACAAUGUCCCCAUACAUUGAGCAAGAAACUCAGCAUUGUUGUAAAAGAGUCAACACCUGAAAGAGAUGUGCAAUUAGGAAAGAAUUAAAAAUAAUAAUUUAAAAAGCACUUAUAAAAUA